CCCCCCCACGAAAAAAAGAGGAAAAAGUAACCCUCUUUCUGGUUAGGUUUUGAUCUUGAAGGAAGGGAAGGAGAGAGAGAGGGAGAGAGAGAGAGAGAGUGUGAGGAAGGAGAGAGAGAGAGGGGAAAGAGAGAGGAACAUUUAUUAAAGGAUAACAGCGUUGUUGGAGGGCGAAACAAUUAAUAUAUACAUAUAUAUAUACACACACUGUAUAUAUAUCUGUAUAUAUAUAUCUAUAUAUAUAUCUAUAUCUAUCAUCGACCCAAGUCCACAGCCAGGAUAGGAUGUCUCGCCGAAAACAAGCCAAGCCACGGUCCCUGAAAGUAGAAGAAAAUGAGACGGAGGAACUGCAUCCUACUGCGGGGCAGACAGGCACUCAGAGCGAUGGGGCUGACGGAGAUGAUGACCCUUCGUGUUCGUGGCCGGCCUCCUCCCCCUCCAGCAAGGACCAGGCCUCACCCAGCCCCGGGGAGGGCUGUGAGGAGGAAGGCUCCGUGGGCCUGCCUUACCCCUGCCAGUUCUGCGACAAGUCCUUCAGCCGGCUGAGCUACCUGAAGCACCACGAGCAGAGCCACGGGGACAAGCUGCCUUUCCGCUGCACCUUCUGCAGCCGCCUGUUCAAGCACAAGCGCAGCCGCGACCGGCACGUCAAACUGCACACGGGCGACAAGAAGUACCACUGUAGCGAGUGUGACGCCGCCUUCUCCCGCAGCGACCACCUCAAGAUCCACCUCAAGACCCACGCCUCCAGCAAGCCCUACAAGUGCGCCGUGUGUCGGCGCGGCUUCCUGUCCUCCAGCUCGCUCCACGGCCACAUGCAGGUCCACGAGAAGGGCAAGGAGGGCGGUCGGGGGGCGGACGGCAGCUGGAAGCCAUCCGGCGACGAGGCCCGCAAGUGCAGCCAGUGCGAGGAGGGCUUCGACCUGCCCGAGGAGCUCCAGAGGCACAUCGCCGAGUGUCACCCCGAGUGCUCCCCCAGCGAGGACAGGGCGGCCCCCCAGUGCCUCUACUGCUCCGACCUGUUCCCCGACGAGACCGCGCUCCUGGGUCACCUGGACCAGGCCCACGGCCAGGAGAGGCCGAACCGCUGCAGCCUGUGCUCCAAGCGCUUCCUGUCAGCGGAGGAUCUUUACAACCACAUGGAUCUCAGCCACCAGCACCCGGAGCCCAGCAACCACAGCAACAGCCCCUCCAUGGUGACCGUAGGCUACACCUCCGUGUCCAGCACCACCCCUGACUCCAACCUCUCAGUGGACAGCUCCACCAAUGCCGCGCCUGAGGCGGCCUCACACCAGCUCAAGCCCCGGGGCAAGAGGCGGGCAGGCCAGCCCCCGCCCGAGCCCCCCGCCUCCAAGCUGCCCAAAGUCACCUACAGCUGCGUGUACUGCAACAAGCAGGUGUUCACCAGCCUGGCUGUGCUGCAGAUCCACCUGAAGACCAUGCACCUGGACAAGCCAGAGCAAGCGCACACCUGCCAGUUCUGCCUGCAGGUCCUGCCCUCGCUCUACAACCUGAACGAGCACCUGAGGCAGCUCCACGAGAGCCUGCACUCCCCACCGGUCUCGCUGGCACUGCCCCUGGCACUGCCCCUGGCCUUGCCAGGCCUGGGCUUCCAGUGCAACUUCUGCUCCGAGGCGCUGGGUGACCUCAACAGCCUCCAGGAGCACAUCCGUUGCUCGCACAGCUUCGGAGGGGGAGUGGCCACAAAGGACAGCAACGCCUUCUUCUGCCCGCACUGCCUGAUGGGUUUCCUGACCGAGGCCUCGCUGGAGGAGCACGUGCAGCAGGUUCACUGCGAGGGGCAUGGCGUGCGCUACGACUCGCCGCUGCUCGGAGCUCCAACCCCCCGCGAGCCCGUGCUGGAGGUCUACUCCUGCUCCUACUGCACCAACUCGCCCAUCUUCAGUACCAUGCUGAAGCUCAACAAGCACGUGAAGGAGAACCACAAGAACAUCCCGCUGGCGCUGGGCUACGGGGGCAACGGCAAGCGAUCGAGCGGCGACGCCAGCCCCCUCUCGCCGGGCAGCACGGAGCAUGGCUCCCUCAAGCUGACGCAUGGCGGGGGAGGAGGCUCCUCCUCCCAGGUGUCGGGUGAGCACCGCUGCAACCAGUGCACCUCCAGGUUCUCCUCCUUCGAGGUCCUCCAGGCACAUCUGCGGAGCCACCUGGACACUUUGCUGCUGGGACAAGCCUCCUGCCCGCAGUGCAGCAAGGAGUUCCCGUCGCAGGACUCCCUGCUCAAGCACGUGACGGUCCACUUCAUGAUCACCUCGACCUACUACAUCUGCGAGAGCUGCGACAAGCAGUUCACCUCGGUGGACGACCUGCAGAAGCACCUCCUGGACAUGCACACCUUCGUGUUCUUCCGCUGCACGCUGUGCCAGGAGGUGUUCGACUCCAAGGUGUCCAUCCAGCUGCACCUGGCGGUCAAGCACAGCCACGAGCGCAAGGCCUUCCGCUGCACCUCCUGCAACUGGGACUUCCGCAGCGAGGCCGAGCUGCAGCUGCACGUGCAGCGCAGUCACCUGGAGCGACGGGGCAAGGCUCACAAGUGCAUCUUCUGCGGGGAGGUGUUUGGCACCGAGGUGGAGCUCCAGUGUCACAUCACCACCCACAGCAAGAAGUACAACUGCAAGUUCUGCAGUAAGGCCUUCCACGCCGUCGGGCUGCUGGAGAAGCACCUGCGGGAGAAGCACUGUGUCUUCGAGGCGAAAGGGGCGGCGACGGCGGCGGCCUCGGCCGCCAACUGCGGCUCCAACGGGGCAGGCGAGCAGAAGGAGGAGGCGACGGCUGCCGCGGCGGUAACGGUGACGGCCACGGCUUCCGGGGCGUCCGAGCUCCACGGCAUCCUGGGCAACAGCCACAACCACCUGCACAACAGCCACGAUGGCAGUGAGGAGGAGGUCGACACCGGCACGGAGACCAUGUACGCCUGCGAUAUCUGCGGGGCGGCCUACACCAUGGAGUCUCUCCUGCAGAACCACCAGCUGAGGGACCACAACCUGCAGCCGGGAGAAAGCAACAGCCGUCGGAGGAAGGCCGAGCUGAUCAAGGGCAACUGCAAGUGCAACGUGUGCUCGCGCACCUUCUUCUCGGAGAGCGGGCUGCGCGAGCACAUGCAGACCCACCUGGGGCCGGUCAAGCACUACAUGUGCCCCAUCUGCGGCGAGCGCUUCCCCUCGCUGCUCACGCUGACCGAGCACAAGGUCACCCACAGCAAGAGCCUGGACACCGGCACCUGCCGUAUCUGCAAACUGCCCCUGCAGAGCGAGGAGGAGUUCCUGGAGCAUUGCCAGAUGCACCCGGACCUGCGAAACUCCUUGACCGGCUUCCGCUGCGUGGUGUGCAUGCAGACUGUCACCUCCACGCUGGAGCUCAAGAUCCACGGCACCUUCCACAUGCAGAAGACGGGCAACGGAGCCGCCGGCCCCCAGCCCAACGUCGCCUCCAACGCCAACGUCAACGUCAGCAUCCGCAACCAACACCCGGCACAGAAGCUGUACAAGUGCGCCUCCUGCCUCAAGGAGUUCCGUUCCAAGCAGGACCUGGUCAAGCUGGACAUCAACGGGCUGCCCUAUGGGCUGUGUGCCGGUUGUGUGAACGGCGGCAAGCACAACGCCAAUCCCGUCGCCAACGCCAUCCCCAACGUCAACGUUGCCAGCCUGAAUGGCAGCAGCAGGCAGGUCCUGAACCCCAGCCCGGCCGAAGCGAGAGGCAAGAGGCAAGAGGGAGGCAAAAUUAGGUGCUCGACCUGCAACGUCAAGUUCGAGUCGGAGAGCGAGCUCCAGAACCACGCGCAGACGGUACACACGGAGCUGCCCCCCGACACCAACAAUCACCUGAAAACACCCCAGGUCUCGCCCAUGCCCAAAGUCAGCCCCUCUCAGCUGGACGAGAAAACCUACCAGUGCAUCAAGUGCCAGAUGAUCUUUCAGUGUGAGUGGGACAUCCAGGUUCAUGUGGCGAACCACAUGAUCGGAGGGGACAGGCCGGGAAUGCUGCUACAGCGUGGUUUGGAAGGGGAAUCUCGAAGCCCAAGAGAAUAUAAAGAGGAAGGGCUGAAUCACGAGUGCAAGCUGUGUAACCAGACCUUCGAUUCGCCAGCCAAACUACAGUGCCACCUGAUAGAGCAUAGCUUCGAAGGCAUGGGAGGCACCUUCAAGUGCCCAGUCUGCUUCACAGUGUUUGUUCAAGCCAACAAGUUGCAGCAGCAUAUUUUCUCAGCCCAUGGCCAGGAGGACAAGAUCUACGACUGCUCACAGUGCCCCCAGAAGUUCUUCUUCCAGACAGAGUUGCAGAACCAUACAAUGACGCAGCACAGCAGUUAAUGCUGAAGAACAAGGUGCCAGACUGCUAGCUCGGGAAGGCGAAACUUCUAAAAAAAAAGUUUUAUCACCUCCUCACUCUCUGCACGGGAAUGAUUUCAGAGAUGGACAUUUUUUGGAAAAGCAUUGUAAUAUAAUAUAAAAAAAAACUUGCAUCAGUCAAAAACUAUUGAUUUUUUUUCAUGUGUUUGACACUUUAAGCCAACCUACAAGUUUUCUGUAUAUAUACAUAUAUAUGUAUAAUAUAUAUAUAUAAAAUGUUACACAUUGCAUUAUGUUACCGAUCUUUGUGCCAGAUAUGAAGCUGGUUCCCAACAAACAUGGACUGUAUUUUUUGUGGGCAUUUUAGUAAAACCAAUCCAUGGCCAUACAUGUGGUAUAUGUAAUGUAUAAUGAACAUCAAGCUUUUUUUUUCCUUUCUAGAUCCCAUCGGGAGCUCCUUGUGUUUAAACUUUUCUUUAACAAAUUCUAUACAGCCAACCCUCCAUUCGAUUAAGUCAUGCUUAUACAUAACUGUUAUUAGUGUUUGCUCUGAUGUCUGAACCUGGAUAUUACUGGAGUUACUGUUUUCGAGUAGGAGAGAAACCCAUGUAUCAAUGAGUGCUUUCGUUUUCUAUGGUUUCUGCUUCAGGAUUGAAGCAGCGAUCAUUGAGAAGCCCCCUUUUCUCUCCCCUCCACCACUGUCUAUCACCCCUGCUCUCCCACCACCCGUCAAGCGCUGGAGUGCAUGACCCCCUUCAAGACUACAGUGUGGGUGACACUUUAUUCUACUGUAAAAUAGGACGCGCAGGUUAGGGUUCAAAAAACGUGUUUUUUUUUAAAUAAAUAAAAGUCCUGUAAGAAUGAAAAGGGAGCCACGUUACAGAUCGUUGUGAAAUUUGUGGCAGAUUUUGAAACGUUCGCAGUGAGUGCCCACUGUUCAUGGAAAUGACUGAAAACCAAAGCACGCUAAUGAUAUUGUACACUGGGUACUUUGAUUUUUAAAAUUGACAUGGUACAGUAAGUCUUGUAGCAUCUGGGUUUGUCCUUUUAAAUAAACAAACGUUCAACAAUU